AUGCCGGAUGAGAACAGAAAUGAAAGAAUGAAUGAAAGUGAAAUGAAAAAUAAUGCCCGUAAAGACUUCUGGAGAACAUUAGUUACAACAAAUGAGAUAAUUGAGCGACCAACGGCGGCUACUCGACCGCCUCGUCGUCGUGACGAGUAUCAUUUUGAGGGCACCACCGUUGCAGCCACAACCGAACCAACACCAACGGUGGAUUCUUCUCUGCUGCUUCUGGUGUUCGCGGAGAAUUCUGUGUCGACGGCCGCUGCCGGACAACCCGACAGAGUGCGGCAAUUAGCCGCCGCAAUCCGAGAAAAGCGACCGAGACGUGUCGCCAUUCAGUUACUUCAAGACGGCGAGUCGCUUCAGCCACUGGCCGGCAACUCGAGGACUUAG